UAGCUACUGACACUUUUUGACAACCAUCCCUAGAACACAUAAGAAAUAGACAGCUGUUUUCAGCUGUCACCAUAGAAUUUAUUAUGAAAAGCAAAAAAACAAAAACUCGAGUAAUAUUCGCCGUAAAAGUGAACAACAUAAUCAGCAAUUCCUAAAACGAAAUAGAAAAAAAAAUAAUAAAGAAAAAAACCUAAAGAAAAAAUAAAAAUAACUUAAAAGACAAGUUUGUGUAAUUAUAAAAAAGGAGAAAAACAUAAAUUUAUAAAUAAAAAACAUAAAACAACAGCCACAACAACAUGGAUCUAUUAGGUUCAAUACUUAAUGCCAUGGACAAACCUCCAACUGCCAAUGAGGAACAAAAGAAAUUGAUCAAACGACAAAAGGAAAUGGCAGAACGUUUGAAAAACAAACAGAAAGAAGAACUACUGAGAUUUCGCAAAUAUGUGGAAGAACGAAUAGGGCGCUUUGCCAAGGAUGAUCGUCAUCACAUAGAAUUUCAGCCCUUAGAUAAGGUACAUCGUGCUGUCAUACAUGAGGUAGCCGAAUAUGGCGGUUUCAUAUGUAUGAGUUUUGGCUGUGAAGAUAUCGAUCGCUAUUCGGUGGUGUAUAAGAAAGAAAAUGCGCCCACAGAAGAUGAAAUAGCCGCCAGGCGUAAUGGUGAUGGUUGGAAUGAUGAAGUGGCCAAGGAAUAUGCCGAGAGGCGUAUUAAACAAAAAGAAUUGGAAUUGGAACAAAAACGAUUGGCUCGUGCUUCCGCUAACGCAGCAAAUGCCGCCCCAGCCACAACUUCCACUUCAAGCAAUAACAAACAAUCAAACCAAUCCUCAACACAAGCACAGGAAACAGAGAUUAAGCCAACAUUUAAUUAUAAGGAUAAAUAUGCUCAUUUGAUUGGUCAGGAGGCUGCUUUAGAGGCGGCACGUAAAACUGAAACAAAUGUAAGUUAUGGUUUUGUACCCAGUAAAAAUAAAAAGGAUAUGCGCUCCAUAGAACAAACCUUGGCCGAUAUACAGGCCAAAAAGAGGCUUAAGUUACAGUUACAACAAGAACAGCAGCAGCAGCAACAACAACAGCAGCAGCAACAAGAGCAAGCGGAAAUACCAAAUGGCGCUUCAUCCGUUAAUAACAAUUCUAACAUCACUAUAACUACUCCUUCAAACGAGACAUUACACUGAUAAUUUUAAUUUGUUGUAUAUUUAACUAUACUCUAUUUGUAGUAUAUAGAUUUUUUUUAUUUUUAAUUUUGUGAAGACUCCAUCUACUUCCUAUUAUAACAAGAAAUACGAAAAAAAGGCCAUAAUUAAACUUAAUUUAGAAACAAACAAAAAUACAAGAACAAAAAAUUGGAGAAAAAAAUAUUAAGCAAAAGUGUGAGAGUGCAAGAGAAAAAGAGUGUGGGAGAGAGAGAAGAAAAUAUAAUUAUUGUUUUUACACCAUUUUCAAGGGCAGUGGAGUUUAAAAAAAGAAACUUUUAUUAGUGAUCAUAAAGUGUCCCAUAAUAGGCUUUUUUAAUAGGUACAGUGGGACCUCGAUUUUCCGUGAUGGUCGGGACCGGAAGCAUUCUGUAUAAUCGAUUUUCCCGGUUAAUUGAGUGCCAAUUUUGGCUAGUUUUUUAAUAGAUAUUUUUAGUAAUUAAUAAAUGAAAAUGUAUAUUUAUAUAAAACCUAAAUAAUUCAAGGAUUUUAUAUUCAUACAUGUUUCAAAAAUAUAAAAAAAAAUAAUUUUGUCAGAAAACAGUAGAUUUGUUCUAAUUGUACAUGGUUGUUAAAAAAUAGAAUUUUGCUUAUAAUCACGUCAAGUCAAUCCAAAAUAAAAUUAAGUCGAUGCAAAAAGAUUUAUUUUUCCAUCCCGGAUAAUUGAUGUUGCCGGAUAAUCGAAUCACGGUUAAUCAAGAUCCUACUGUAUUUGAAGCAAACUGAACAGUAGAGGAACUUGAAAUUCUUCUUUUUUGAAAACAGUGCCAGAUCAGUCCGUAACUAAUUUAGUUCUAGUUCAGCAUUAGAACUAGUUUUAAAUCUAUCCUAGUUCUAGUUCAGAUCUAGUUCAGUUCUAAUUAUGUUCUAGUUCUGUUAUAAUGUUCUAGUUUUGUUUUAUUUCAGUUCUCGAUCAAUUAUUGAUCAGUUCUGUUUUGGUUCUAUUUCAGUUUAGUUCUGUUCUAGUUCUGAUCUUGUUCAGUUCAAGUUCAGUUCUAGUUUAGUUCUAGUUCCAGUUCUGUUUUGGUUCUAGUUUAGUUCUACUUCAGUUCAUUUAUUCUAAGUAUAAACUUAACACGGAAUUUAAAAGUUUCCUUAAUAAACUCCUACAGAAAAUGGUGUAAUCAUUAAUAUGUUUCAAAGUAAAAACUGGUUUUAUAGUUCCACUUGAGCGAAGAACUGAAACUAAAGUAAAAAAAUUACUAAUUUAAGGACAACUUCGUCCUUUAAGCAUGAACUGUAAAAUUCAAACUAAACAUUAAAAAAAGUUGCAAAAUUAAAUUGUAAUAGAAAACCAUAAAACAAUGCCUCUGCAAUACUAUAACUCAUAUACAUAAAUUAAACUGCAAACAUAAAACAUUAAAAUACAUGUUAAUUAUAUAUAAAAAAAAA